AUGGAGGACCAAGUGCAUAAGCCUCACCGCAAGGCGAAGGAGAAAAAGAAGCACACUGGCGAUCGAAACCCCAAGGCCUUCACGUUUUCCAAUCCUGGAAAGCUUGCAAAAUCUGCCGCACGAUCUUCAGAUAUCAAAGAAAGGCGACUCCAUGUUCCCCUCGUCGACCGACUCCCCGACGAGCCGCCACCAAGGCUGGUCACUAUCGUUGGGCCUCCCGGUGUGGGCAAGACGACUCUACUCAAGUCCUUGAUUCGACGAUAUGCGAAGGAGACCCUCUCCGAACCCCAGGGUCCUAUCACUGUUGUUACAUCCAAGAAGCAGCGUCUGACCUUCGUCGAGUGCCCCAAUGAGUUGGAGGCCAUGGUCGACAUGGCCAAGAUCGCAGACAUCGUUCUGCUUAUGAUCGACGGCAAUUACGGCUUUGAGAUGGAGACUAUGGAAUUCUUGAACAUCCUUGCGGCUACCGGUAUGCCUGGUAACGUCUUCGGCAUUCUGACCCAUCUCGACUUGUUCCGAAAACCCCAGGCCCUGAAGGAUGCGAAGAAGCGCCUCAAGAGAAGACUUUGGAGCGAGUUGUAUCAGGGUGCACACCUAUUCUACCUCUCGGGUGUCAUGAACGGUCGUUAUCCUGAUCGCGAGGUUCACAAUCUGUCGCGCUUUCUCUCCGUCAUGAAGAACCCUCGACCCUUAGUUUGGAGAAAUUCACACCCUUAUACCAUCAUCGAUAGUUACCGAGACAUCACCCAUCCCACCAAGAUCGAGGAGGACCCCAAUUGCGACCGUUCCGUUGUCUUGUCGGGCUACCUUCGAGGCACCAACUUCGCCUCUCAAGGUCAGAAGGUACAUGUUCCUGGAUUAGGCGACUUCACAGUCUCCAAUUUGGAGGUUCUCCCGGAUCCUUGUCCAACCCCGGCAAUGGAGCAAGCCAUCGCCAAGAUUACAGGCAAGACGACACGGCGACGCCUGGAUGAGAAGGAGAAGAAACUACACGCUCCUAUGUCGGACCGCAGCGGUCUCAAGAUUGACGGCGACGCGAUCUGGAUUACGAGAGAAAAGGGAUUCAACUUCGAUAAGGAUGGGGAUGAUGUGGAGAGGGGUGAAGGCGAAGAGCUCAUCAUCGGGCUUCAGGCUGAGCGAAAACUUCUGGGCCAGACUGAAGAGGGUGUUCAACUUUUCAAGGGAGGCGAGCAACUCAAGCAGAUUGCUGAGGAGGAAGACACGGGCCGAAAAACUCAUCGACAUGCGCGCAUUGCGAACCACGAGGGCGAUUCCGAUGAGGAGGUUCCGGACGACGAAGGUUUUGUCAGCGGCGAAGAAGAGGGAGCAUCAGACUUCGAAGAGGAAUUCAGUGAGGGCAAGCUGGGCAAGAUGUUCAGAAAGGAUGCCGAAAGGCACGCUGACGAUGAAGAGGACAUUGCCUUCGCUGACAGUGACUCUGAUCUCGGUUCAAUAUCUGGGCUCGAGGACGAAGACGACGACUCGGACGAGGAUAUGAACGACGAAGAUUCCGACUCGGACGAGGAGACAGCUGCAUUGAAGUGGAAGGAGAACAUGGCAGAGCGCGCGAAGAAGCUACACAACAAGCGACGCUCCUACCACACGCCGGAUCUUGCCAGAUUUAUGUAUAUUGACUCUAUGACGCCAGAGGAGGCGUUGAAGAAGUGGCGUGGUGAAGAUGAGGAUGAAGAGGAGGACAUUGAGGCCUCAGACGAUGAGGAUUUCUUCAAGAAGUCCAAGCAAGACAAGGAAGACAAGGUUGAGGACAGAUCCAUACCUCUGUACGAUUACGAAGAUCUGGCCGCAAAGUGGUCUCAGGAGUCGAACGUUGAGGCCUUGAGGCGACGGUUCGCUACGGCGGCACUGCGAGACGGAGACGAUGACCAGGAUGGCGAGGACGAAGAUGAGUUCGACGGCAUCGACGACGAGGAUGGUGACGACGAUGAGGGCGAUGGUGUUUUCGAAGACCUCGAAACCGGUGAACAGCACGGUCCUGCAGAGCCCACCGAAGAGGAAACCUUCGAGGACGAGCGUGACAAGAACGCGAAACGGAAAGAAGAGCUCAAGUUGCGCUUCGAGGAAGAAGAUAGGGAAGGCUUUAUGAACGAUAAGGCUAACGCCCGGCGGGAAGGUGGAGGUGACCAGGAAUUCGGAGAGGAUGAUUGGUACGAGGCACAAAAGGCCAUGAUCCAAAAGCAGCUGGAUAUCAACAAGGCCGAGUUUGAAAAUCUUGACGAGAGGCAAAGAGCAGCUGUUGAGGGUUACAAGGCUGGCAAGUACGCCAAGAUUGUCCUCGAAGGUGUUCCCGCCGAAUUCGUUGAGAUGUUUAACCCGCGGAUGCCCAUCAUUCUCGGUGGCCUUUCACCUACCGAAGACCGCUUCGGUUAUGUUCAGGUGCGAAUCAAGAAACACCGAUGGCACAAGAAGAUUCUCAAGACCAACGACCCGUUGAUCUUCUCUCUUGGCUGGAGACGGUUCCAGACGCUCCCUAUCUAUAGUAUUUCGGACUCAAGAACGAGAAACCGCAUGCUGAAGUACACACCGGAGCACAUGCACUGCUUCGGAACGAUUUAUGGACCGCUUAUAGCCCCCAACACGGGUUUUGUGUGUUUCCAGUCGUUCUCAUCGGCCAACCCCGGUUUCCGGAUAGCCGCAACUGGAACAGUCCUCAGCGUCGAUGAGUCGACCGAAAUUGUCAAGAAGCUCAAACUCACCGGAACUGCGGACAAGAUCCACAAGAACACGGCUUUCAUUAAGGGCAUGUUCAAUUCGGCACUCGAAAUUGCGAAAUUCGAGGGCGCCUCCAUCAAGACGGUAUCCGGAGUACGUGGUCAGAUCAAACGUGCGCUAUCCAAGCCUGAGGGUCAUUUCCGUGCAACUUUUGAGGACAAGAUCCUGUACAGCGACAUUGUCUUCCUACGAGCCUGGUAUCCGAUCAAGCCUCAUCGCUUCUACAAUCCGGUCACGAACCUUAUCGGAUGGCAGGCGAUGAGAUUGACAGGUGAGGUGCGCCGUGCCGAAGGCAUCGAGACACCCUUGGAGAAAAACAGUCAAUACCGCAAGAUCGAGCGUGAGACGCGUCACUUCAACCCUCUCCGCGUCCCCCGCGCCCUUGCGGCCGAGCUACCAUUCAAGUCGCAGAUUGUACAGGCGCGCAAGCAGAAGAAGGACACGUACAUGCAGAAACGUGCUGUCGUUCUCACUAAAGAGGAGAAGACAGCGCGCAAUCUGCUACAGCAACUUACCACGAUCCGCAACGAUAAGGUGGCACGUCGCGCUGCAAAGAAGGAAGAGAAGCGUACCGAAUACCGCAAGAAGCUGGCUGAGUCUGAGGAGAAGAAGGAGGCAAGGGAGAAGAAGGAGAGCAAGGAGUUCUGGCGCAAGAACGGCCGGAAACGCCAGGCACCAGAUGAGGGAAGCGGCGGCGGUCAAAAGCGCAGAAAGUAG